AUGACGGUCAUAUUCAGCGUGCUCUUGUUUCUCUUCUUUCCCUGCAACUCUCAAUUCUCGGAACCUGCCGUCGCUGUAGAACAGCAACCCGGCGCGGGCAUCAAGGGUAUCCCAUCAAUCGGACUUGGAACAUGGCUCUCUGACAAGGGAAAAGUCGCCCAUGCCACUGAGUAUGCCCUCGACUUAGGUUAUCACCACAUCGACGCCGCUUGGAUCUACCGAAAUGAAGACCAAACAGGCAAGGGCAUUGCCGCCUCGAAACUUCAUCGCAAGGACAUCUGGGUAACCAGCAAACUCUGGAAUUCCCACCACCGCCCCGCAGAAGCCGAACGCGCGGUCAAGGAGUCUAUCUCUAACCUAGGCGUCGGCUAUCUAGAUCUUUACCUGAUGCAUUGGCCGGUGUCCUUCAUCCCCAAUUCUGACGGCAACCAGCUCGACAAAUCUGUUACCAUCCUUGACACCUGGCGCACGAUGGAGGGGCUCGUCCGCGCCAAUUACACGCGUCAUAUCGGCAUCUCCAACUUUGCCAAGGUUGAUGUUGAGGCCAUUUUGGAAAUGUGCACCAUCUGCCCCUACGCGCAUGAAUUUGAGACGCACCCAUACUUGCAACAGCAAGAAUUUGUGGAUUAUCAUCGUGAGAUUGGACUCAAGGUGAUUGCAUACUCGCCACUUGCAAAUACGAACCCGGUUUACAACAGGGGGUUGCCAUACGGCAUUCUGGAAGACCCGCUUUGGACCGGAUUGGCGGAGAAGAAGAAUGUCACGGCUGCACAAGCGGUGCUAGCGUGGGGAAUUCAAAGGGGUACGAUGGUGAUUCCGCGGAGUGUGAAGGAAAGCCACAUCGCACAGAAUUUGCGCGCGCUGGAGAUUGAGUUUACGAAGAGAGAAAUGGAGGACAUCGCGAAGGCAGAUAAGAAGGUGAGACUAAGUAACCCGGGGAAGAAGUGGGGGGUGCCGCUAUUCCAUGACUUGGAUGAUCCUACGAUGUUGGAUGGAGAAACUAAAGCUGUCGAGCUAUAA